CCGGAAGAUGUAGUCACAGACUGAAUCCCGGGCCUUCGGAUACGUGGUGCGGGAAGAUGUCAUCAUUGCCAAGAAGAGCAAAAGUAAAGGUCCAGCCUGCAGAACCCCAGGAUGGAUUUUCUUCCCUCUCUGAGCUAUCAUCUGCCUCUGAAGACGAUGACAAGGACGAUAGUGCCUGGGAGCCCCCAAAGAAAGCCCCCAGGAACCCUAAGCAGCCUGUGCGCAAGGAGUCCAAACCGAAGAGGGUGCCCCGGGUGAGGAAGAGUCCUCUGCAGACCAGUGAUGGCCCGGAAGGCGUGGCUGUUAAGGAGGUGUUGAAUAGUUCUGUGGCUGUGGCUGAUGUUGCUUUGGAAGACAGAAAAAAUAAAUCAGUAACUGUGCAGACUCUGAAAACAGCAAGGACAAAACGGAAAAAUUCAGCUCAAUCAUCUUCAGCUCCAAAGACCAAAAAGCUGAAAGUUGAAGAAACCAGCAAAGCCAGCGAUGUCAAGAGUGAGAGUCACAGUCUAGAGACACCAUCCACAAGCACCCCGUGGGAAGCGGCCUGCAAAAAGGAAGAAGAUGCGGAUGACUGUGCGUUCAGUCAGUCCCCGUUAAAGACCAUGAAGACCGAAGCACCCCAGGGGCAGCCUGACAGGAUUCUGGCAAAUGCCAGCGAUGCUGCAGAGGAGAUGGAAAUGAGCUGGGACAUCGUGCAGGUUUUAUCCGAGAGAACCAAUAUUGAACCUUGGGUUUGUGCCAACAUCAUUCGUCUCUUUAAUGAUGAUAACACAAUUCCCUUCAUUGUACGUUAUCGGAAAGAGCUCAUUAAUAACCUUGAUGCUGAUUAUUUGAGAGAAGUCCAGCAGACUCUAGAGGAGCUACGGGCUGUUGCCAAGAAAGUUCGUAGUACAAUCCAGAAAAUCAAGAAGGAGGGAAAGAUGUCUGAAUGCCUGUUAAGAGCCUUGCUGGACUGUAAAACUUUUGAAGAACUAGAACACGUGUCAGCUCCGUAUAAAACGGGGAGCAAAGGCACCAAAGCCCAGAGAGCAAGGCAGCUGGGAUUAGAGGAUGCGGCCAGGACGCUGCUGGAGAAUCCAGGGGUGCUCAACCUGCUGUCUUACGUGCGACCCGAUGUGAAAGGGCUUUCGGCACUCCAGGACAUUGAAACAGGGGUGCAGCAUAUUUUAGCAGACAUGAUUGCUAAAGACAGAGAAACACUUGACUUCAUAAGGAAAUUGUGCCAAAAUAGAUAUAUUUCUAUUCAGUCAUCUUUGGCAAAAGUGUCUUCAAAAAAAGUAAAUGAGAAAGAUGUUGAUAAGUUCCAUCUCUACCAGAAUUUUUCAUGCAACCUAAGAAACAUCCAGCAUCAUCAGAUUCUGGCAAUUAACCGUGGAGAAAAUUUGAAGAUACUGACAGUCAAGGUCAACAUUCCUGAUGGAGUUAAGAAUGAAUUCUGUAGGUGGUGCAUCCAAAACAGGUGGAGACCACGUCGCUUUGCGAGGCCAGAGUUGAUGAAGAUCUUACACAAUUCAGUGGAUGAUUCUUUUAAACGUCUUAUUUAUCCUCUCCUCUGUAGAGAGUUCAGAGCCAAACUAACUUCAGACGCAGAGAAGGAAUCUGUAAUGAUGUUUGGACGGAACCUUCGUCAGCUCCUUUUAACAAGCCCUGUUCCAGGGCGCACCUUGAUGGGAGUGGACCCUGGCUACAGACACGGCUGCAAAUUAGCUAUAAUUUCUCCUACCAGUCAGAUACUUCAUACUGAUGUGGUUUACUUGCAUUGUGGACAAGGCUUCCAAGAGGCAGAGAAAAUAAAGAGGCUUUUGCUGAAUUUCAACUGCAGCACAGUGGUGAUUGGAAAUGGAACUGCCUGCAGGGAAACAGAAGCUUACUUUGCUGACCUGAUCAUGAAAAAUUACUUUGCACCGCUGGAUGUUGUUUACUGCAUCGUGAGUGAAGCAGGAGCAUCCAUCUACAGUGUCAGCCCUGAAGCUAACAAAGAGAUGCCAGGACUGGACCCCAACUUGAGAAGUGCCGUUUCCAUAGCAAGGCGUGUGCAAGAUCCAUUAGCUGAGCUGGUGAAAAUCGAGCCAAAACACAUUGGAGUUGGAAUGUAUCAGCACGACGUGUCCCCGACUUUACUCAAGGCCACACUGGACAGUGUCGUAGAAGAAUGUGUCAGCUUCGUGGGCGUGGACGUUAACAUUUGCUCAGAAGUUUUGUUAAGGCAUAUUGCAGGACUCAAUGCCAACCGAGCCAAGAAUAUUAUUGAAUGGCGAGAGAAAAAUGGACCCUUCAUCAACCGAGAACAGCUGAAGAAAGUGAAAGGACUGGGUCCAAAAUCUUUCCAGCAAUGUGCUGGCUUCAUCAGGAUUAACCAGGAGUACAUUAGGAAAUUCUGCAGUAGUCAGCAAACUGAAUCUGCAGACCCGAACCAGGGUGUUGCCGUGACAUCUCCAGCAGGUGCUGAGGUCACAAAUGAGAAGCCGGGCAAGAAGAAGAGCAAAACCGCAGCGAAUGCUGUACUGAAGCCAGAUCCUUUGGACCAGACUUGUAUUCACCCGGAAUCAUAUGGCGUAGCGACGAGGUUUUUGUCAUUCGUUGGAGGGACACUGUGUGAGAUUGGAAAGCCUGAAAUGCAGCAAAAAAUAAAGUCGUUUGUUGAAAAGGAAGGAAUAGAGAAAACUGCAGAAAGGUUACAAACAACAAUACACACCUUACAGAUCAUCAUAGACGGCCUCAGCCAGCCUGAAAGCUUUGACUUUCGGACAGAUUUUGUUAAACCCGAUUUCAAGAGAAGCAUCAUCUGCUUGCAAGAUCUGCAGGUUGGGACAGUCCUUACAGGCAAAGUUGAGAACGCCACUUUAUUUGGAAUUUUUGUGGAUAUAGGAGUGGGGACAGCAGGGCUGAUUCCCAUACGGAAUAUAACAGAAGCAAAACUGUCUAAAACGAAGAAGAGAAGGAGUCUUGGACUGGGCCCGGGAGAAAGAGUGGAAGUGCAGGUACUCAACAUUGAUGCCCCCCGAUCUCGCAUUACGCUGGACCUCAUUCGGGUGUUGUGAGUGUCCCGCCGAAGGCCAGACACUUCAUUCCCCAUUUCUACAGGUCGGCAGGAAUGAGUCAGGGUUUGUGACUCCUAGGUAGAAGAUGAGAAAGAAUUCACUUAAUAUCAGAAGUAUUUUCCAAACACUUGCCUAAUUUUUCUUUCUGAAGACAUAGAAAACUAAGAGUUUGAUAUCUGUUCCCUUUAAAGAAAACAACUAGUAGGCAUCCCUGUGUGACUUUAUGUAGUGAUGAUUUUCUGACUCAGAUUUUAUUUUUUGUAAUUCACCUUCUUUGACUCCUUUCGCAUUUUGUAUAAGAGAUUACUUCACUUCCACUUGCUAAUUUGUCUUGUUGGAUUUGUAUGGAAUUGUCUUCUUGAUUUGACUUAUACAGUGUUUAAUUCUUCCUUUUUAUAGAUUUUUAAAAAUCAGGCUUUUUACAUUUGAUUCAUGAUUUUCUCUGCCAAACCAAGCAAAAAUAUACCUAUAAAACAGGCCCCAAUGUGUUUGUAACCCUCAAGUGGAUGGCUCACAGCAUUUUCAGGCGAAUAAGUGUAUUGAUCAUUUCAAUAAAGUUCUGUG